GCCCAGAGAAUACAGAAGCAGCCCUGGGAGCUGACCAUGUGCCUGCAUCGACUUCCUGCCUGGCUCAUCCUCGUGGCCUAUGGGCUCCUGAUGCUCCUCAUCCAGGGCCAGGGCCAGGACUCAGUCAGCCCUAUUCGAACCACCCACACGGGGCAGGUGCGGGGCAGCCUUGUCCAUGUGAAGGAAACCGAUGUGGGGGUCCACACCUUCCUGGGAAUUCCCUUUGCCAAGCCACCUGUAGGACCACUGCGCUUUUCAGCCCCUGAGCCCCCUGAACCUUGGAGUGGUGUGAGGGAUGGGACCUCCCACCCAGCCAUGUGUCUGCAAAAUGCAGAUGCAAUGAAUAUAGAGGUUCUGAACCUAGGGAGGAAAAACUUGCGACCCAACCCCAUGUCAGAGGACUGCCUGUACCUCAGCAUCUACGCGCCUGCACAUGCCCGUGAGGGCUCUAACCUGCCUGUGAUGGUCUGGAUCCAUGGUGGUGCCUUGGUGAUGGGCUCAGGUUCCAUGCUUGAUUGUUCUAUUCUGGCAGCCAUUGAAAAUGUACUGGUGGUCAGUAUCCAGUACCGCCUGGGAGUUCUGGGCUUCUUCAGCACUGGAGACCAGCAUGCCACUGGCAACUGGGGCUACCUGGACCAAGUGGCCGCCUUACGCUGGGUCCAGCAGAAUAUCGUUCACUUUGGAGGCAACCCUGAUCAGGUCACCAUUUUUGGCGUGUCUGCAGGUGGCACUAGUGUGUCCUCACUUGUGGUGUCACCAAUGUCCCAAGGACUCUUCCAUGGUGCCAUCAUGGAGAGUGGGGUGGCCCUGCUGCCUGAACUUAUCACCAGCUCCUCUAAAGUUGUCUCCACACCCUUCAAGAUGAUUCCUGCUGUGGUGGAUGGGGCCUUCCUACCUAGGCACCCCCAGGAGCUUCUGGCUUCUGCUGAUUUUCAACCUGUUCCAAGCAUCAUUGGUGUCACCAAUGAUGAGUAUGGCUGGCUCCUUCCCAUGUACUUGGGCCCCCCUGAAAUCCAGAACGACAUAGACAGAGAGACCAUGCGAGCUGUUCUGCAGAGAAUAUCAACACAGAGGAUGAAGUUGCCUGCCGAAUGUGCUGACCUGUUGAUGGAGGAGUACAUGGGAGACAACGAGGACCCCCACACCCUCCGACUCCAGUUCCAGGAGAUGAUGGCGGACUUCAUGUUUGUGAUGCCUGCACUCCAAGUAGCACAUGAUCAGAGUUCCCAUGCUCCUGUCUAUUUCUAUGAGUUCCAGCAUCCACCCAGCUUCAUUAAGGACCUGAGGCCUCCACACGUGAAGGCUGACCAUGGUGAUGAGUGCAUCUUUGUUUUUGGAUCCUACAUCAAUGGCAUCAGAGUUGAGCUCACUGAGGAGGAGGAGCUGCUGAAAAGGAGGAUGAUGAAGUACUGGGGCAACUUUGCUCGAAAUGGGAACCCCAACGGAGAAGGUCUACCCCACUGGCCACUGUUCGACCAGGACCAGCAGUACCUGCAGCUGGGCAUCCAGCCUGCUGUGGGCCAGGUCAAGAAGGCACACAGGCUGCAGUUCUGGACCAAGACCCUGCCUCAGAAGAUCCAGGAGAUAAUGGGAACUGAGGACAAGCACACAGAAUUCUAGUUUCCUUGUCAGCAAGGGAGGGGUGUGCUAGGUGUGAUAGGAACUUCCUGUGGUGCCCACACAUGCCCAUCC